UCGGCUCGUGAAAUUUGUGGUGACGUUGUUCGACGUGUCAGCUUAAAUAACUGUUCCAGUUGAAUCUGAGAUAUCACUUUUCACUUUGCAUUAAUAAGAAGAAGUGUAUUACUUUGUUGACAAUCAUCUAACAAAAUGCCUGCAUCUCCAAGUGCUACAAAUGUAGGAGCUGGUGGAAGGUCUCCGUCAAAAGCUGUAGCCCCUAGGUCUUCCGCAGGUGGAAGUACUGUUAGACAGAGGAAGACCACCACAACAACCACAGCAAGGCGAAAUACAGGUGCAGGAACUGGGGGCAUGUGGAGAUUUUACACAGAUGACUCCCCUGGAAUUAAAGUAGGUCCAUUCCCAGUAUUAGUAAUGUCGUUGCUGUUCAUUGCUUCCGUGUUCAUGUUACACAUAUGGGGAAAAUAUACAAGGUCUUAAAAUAAUUUAUUAUCAUUCCUACUUCAAAAUAAUUUAAUGCAUUUUCAUUUAUAAAUAUUUUAUAUUGUUAGAUUGUUGUAAUAACUGAACUGUGUAUAAUAUACAUUUUUCAUAUCUAA